AUGGAAAAUUCACUUCAACUCCACGCAUUUAUUCGCCGUCCUCAAUUUAAAUCACGUUCACUUGAAAAUUUGUCUGGUUUAGCUGUCUGGAAUUGUGUUCCUUUAGUUGUUCCUUUACUUAAGGAUGACCCAUUACACCCUGGAGAAAGAGUUGUUUUAAUUAUUAGAAGUCUAGUUCCAGGAGGAGCAGCACAAGCCGAUGGACGAAUUGUCCCUGGGGAUAGACUUCUUUUCGUUAAUGACAAGGACCUUUCGAACAGCUCAUUAGAGGAUGCUGUUGAAGUGUUGAAGACAGCUCCUGUUGGCCAAAUUGUUCGUCUUGGAAUUGCAAAGCCUGUUCCUAUUGAAAAGUGCCGAUUAAGUACAUCACCGCUAAUUUCUCAAAGUGAACGUUUCCAAGCAAAAUCGCAUUCACCGCGAGGGAGGAGGCGUAGACGUCGCGAAAGCAGCAGCCUUCAAUUGCUCAACACUGCUGACCAGUGCUUUCUUUCGACCGGAUCCAGUCAAGAAGAGAUUUGGAUAGGUCAACAACAACACAAUUCUCUUUAUAAUUCCCAACGGUGCUUAAAUCCACAGUUAUAUUUCCCUUCUCCAAGUAGUUUGGCAUCUACUCCAAAAAGUCCUACCCAUUCUCCUAUGCAAACAGCCACAGUUUCCGCCUGGACCCCAUGCUCAAGUCGUUCACUUUCUCCGUGUGCCUCACCUGCUGCCUCUUUGAGAGGUUCUUGGUCUUAUGAUAUUGUAUUUCUGCCUUCACACCUUGAACGGCACAUAAAAAUUUUAAAAAGUUCGUUACCCUUGGGCGUUGUAUUGGACGCUGAUGCUGACAAAGCAAUUAAUGGUUGUGUUGCAAAAAAUAUUUGUAGUAAAAAAGCUUUGGCAAAAGAUGGAAGAAUACAGCCUGGCGAUUUUAUUGUUAAAAUAAAUGGUGAAAAUUUGAGAAAUGUUACUAAUGCACAGGCUAGGGCUAUUUUGAAAAGGGCUAAUUUGAUUGGAGCUCAGUGCAAGUAAAAUUUAGCGAAUUAUUUUUUUCUUUAAAAAUGUCGACUCUCUUUAUAAGAGACCUUUGGGGUGAUUAGGUCUUAUAAUGAAGCGUCUCUUAUAAAGAGGAAUACCAAAUAAUCCUCCUUAUUCCAGAUACAUUUUAAUUUGGCUGACACAAGACAGCUUGAGCUGCUUAAGCGAUACCUCCAAUAUUUAAGCCUCAUUCCGAUAGAAAUGAGGCCCUGACUCGAACGUCGGCCCGACUCGAA